CACUUGACAAGUUUGAUUGACGGAUGCAUGGUCACGAAUUGUCACCACAUGAGCAUGGAAUCGUUUGUUCGUUCGUUCUUUGGACACACAAAACACACACCUCUCACGCAAUCAUGUCAUGUGUCUCAAGGCAUGCUCCAACCGACCAAUGAGAACUUGGCAUCGGGGGCGGGUUUCAGUCGUCCAAACACAAGACCACUAAACAUCAGACAAGCAUACUAGGAGCCAGUAUGGGCAGAGCGGGAUGUAUGUGUGACCUCCCUGGCACAUCGUGUGACAGCCUUAUGUGAAGAUGCGUCCCGCACUUGCAGUGCAUGACAUCAAGCAAGAAGAUGAUGAAUAAAAGAGACGGAUACGGACACAUCCACGCACACCCGGCAGGGCCGGGGUUAAAGGUUGAACUUAGAACACAGGGAUCGGCUGCAAACCCCAAUGUCAGAUCGAGACACAUCAAAAGAACCCGCCCAAGUCGGCACACACAUCCUUGCACGAUGCACGUGCUCCUACGCCUGCCGAGUAUCCUAAUGGAGCUGCCAAUUUGCCCACUUAUUCCCCCCGCCCCCUCGACAGACAGCUCUCACUCACUCACGUCGAUUGUGAAAGCAUGAUGUCGGCCACUCCGGCAAGUCCAAUACGUACGCCUACGCCAGCGCCCCCUCAUGCAGACCCUCCGCCCCCGACUCCACCCCCGUCCCCUCGCCCUUCUCGCUAUCCUUCUUGCCUCCACGGCCACCCACACAACGGUCCCACCCACGGCCGCCGCCCCGGUGCACCACGGCUGCAGCAGCCGCAGCUGCUGCGAGCGGCUCGCCGUCGUCGUCGUCGAGUAGUAUGUCGUCCUGGCUGCCGCUGGGCUUCUCGCCGACGACCGGGGCCUUGGGGUGGUGGGGGUGGUGUGUGGGGCCGCCGCCUCGGUCAAGUGCCGCUGCUGCUGCCGCUGCUGCUGCGCCAGACGGGUGUGGCAUGGAACGCUCCAACUCAGCCAACUUGGUCUCCAACUGACAGCACACGUACGACAGAGAGAGAAGGGAGGGACACAUGGAAUGGGUGGGGUGAGGUGUGUGGAUGUGUCGAUGGAUGGAUGGGUGGGGCGGUCGCUAGGCUACAGCAAGGACCAUAGCAUGCCAUGCAUUCCUACCUCAGUAUUCUUGUUCUGGGGGUCGGUGAGAUCCUUCGCUUUGCCCCCGAGCUCACUGGCCGUGUUGUACUUGGCCUCCAUGCUAACAUACACCUGAACACAUAAACACAAACAACACGUGGACCGACAGAUUGCUCUGCGCAGCGCAUGUGCGGAGGUGUGGGUGUGUGCGUGUGUGUGUGUCGUAUUGCCCACUGACGUCGUCGGCGGCCUUCUUGUGGUCUUCUGCCGCCAUGUUGUGCUGCUGGAGAGAUUGCCUGUACUGCUGGGCCGUCCUCUGGUGCGUCUCGACGGCCUUGCGCAGGUCGGCAGCGGCACUCUCGACCUGGCGAAGACGCUCCUGCAACUGAUGGACACACAAACACACACAUACGUACACAUUGAUGGGUGGAUUGAUGAAAGGGGAGGGAGGGAGGGGGCAGCCUUGCCUCAUGCCAUGCCAUACGCCAUGCCCACCGCACGUAACUUAGUUAGUGACCUUGUGUGUGUCCUGGUCAGCUUUGGCCAGUGCGUCGCGGGCCGCCUGCAGCUCCCUCUCCACUACGGCUACCUGCCCACACACAGACAGACACGCAGAGGUGGAGGGAGGGAGGGAGGGAGGGAGGGAAAGAGGCACAGAGAGGAGAGGCAUCGAUCAGAUGAAGCAGGUCGGUCGAUCAGCAUAUGGGCAUAUGGGUCAUCGAUGCAUUCACCCAAGUGUUCAAACGUUUACCUUGUCGGUGUCGCUGCGGGCCUUCUCCCUCACUCAUGAGAGCUUCCGCUUCCUUGGCCUCUUCUAGGUCAUCCCUCGCAGAAGCGGCUCCCGCAUGUCGGCCAGUGUGGAUGUCGCGUGCUGGCGGUGUUGUCUGGUCGCGUCCUGUCGGUGUUGUCUGGGGCGUCCGGGAAGGACAGCAUCGCCAGCAGCAGAAAAUGAACUCGCACACCACACACGUGCACGUGAUGACGAACUCCCACGUGCCGGGCCCGUAGACAGCGGCGGCGUCACCGAAGACCAGAGUGAUGUCCCAAAGGACCUCUCCCAUAGCAUUCGAAAUGGGCUCGCGAAGGGCGAUGCAGAGCGAAAAGAGGACGGCGCCGAUGAUGCAGUUGACGAGCUUGAAGGGCCAGAAAUAGCGUCUCUGCCGCCAGAAGGCUCGGGUCGGAAGGGUCUGAACGAAAAAGACAGGAGAGCAUACGUUUGCUCAUACACAGCAAAGGCAACACAUACGCUUACAUCUGUUUUACGUUUCUGUUUGCAGGUAUCCAGGCAGGUGUCGUGGGCGUCUGUGGAGAACCUUCAGAGUGAUCCGGGGCACGAGUAGAAUCGGAUGCAGAUCCGCUUCGGCCAGCUGCAGACACUCACUCAGCAAGCGCACAAUGAUGUCGAGUCUGCAGGUGUGUCUGACCCGUUUUGUCACCUCCCUCACCUCCAUCAUCGCCUCAUACGUCUCGGAUGACACCCGAUGCGGACAGUCGUCACCUUCAUAAACCAAGAUGUCGUUGUCGCUUGUGCGAUAACGACGGUAGAGGCCCUGCAGCUGCUGAAGCAGGUCAUCUUUGUCAAUGAACUCGACUGUCUUAUGUCCGACGAAAAAAGGGCCGUUGGGCCUGUCGAGGGAAACACGAAGUUUCCUCUUCUCCUGGGAUGAAGAAGGGGGGGGGGUACUGCUGCGGGACCGGACUGCAUGGCUGUGGUGGCGACGCCAUUCUCUCUAUCUCUCUGUCAACUCUGACCUCUGUGAAAGCGAUCAUUGGGGGCCGAAGUUUUGGGUUCAGAGAAGAUGAUGAAGUCGAAUCCGUUUUCAAUGUUGGCGAGGCGCCGCGAGGACUCUCAUAUGCUUGUUCGUCCCUCACUGUGCCUUUCAGC